AUGGCUCAAGAAGAAGAAGCUGCACCGACGCCAUCCUGUUCUGCUUCUUGGCAGCAGCAGCAGCAGCAGCACCAGCAGCAGCAGCAAGAAGAUGCGAGCGAGGUGGCGAGCGUACCUCCUCGUGCGGAACCUCGUCCCUGGGUCUCUUGGCCUGGGUGUCGCCAAUGCGACGCCCUGUUCCAGCGGCCCAGCGUCGACGACGACGCGAGGGGGAGGGAGAAGAAAAAGAAAGCGUACCUCCACUGCGCGGUGGAGGAGAAGGCGGAAGAAGGCGGAAGAAGGCGGCUGGAAGCGCAGAUGAAAGACGAGCGCUACGAGCGGGAAACAGUCCGUCUCUUGUCGGAGAUCAAAAGCGAAAUCGUUGCCGACAACAACGACAACGACAACAACGGCGUCGCCGACGAGAACAAUGACGACGACGACGACGACUACGACGAUGAUGACGAAGAUGCCGACGACAACGACGCCGACGACGAGAACGAUGACGCCGACGACGACACCGAUGACGAUAGAGAAAACGAACGCCCCGUGAUUGUUAUUUCGGAAACGGAAGAUUCCAUUGUGGAAAUAUCGGACGGGGAAGCUGGUGAUUUCGACUUGAAUGACAAGGAGCGACCUAGCCAGUCGAAAAAAUUUGAAGAUAAUGAUUUGGACGCAUUGCUCAAUGAAGACUCAUGUCAAACACUUCAAGAAUUAUCUACAUCAUUGGGAGUUGACUUAUCAACGGUAGGAAACCGUCUUAAAAGUUUGGACAUGAUCCAGAAGGAAGGAUAUUAA